AUGGCCUCCACCUCCCCUCCAAUGGCGACCAGCAACCAAGUGGCGUCGCGUCUGAUGGAGAUCCCCGACCACCUCCUAUCGGAGAUCCUCCUCCGGCUGCCCGCCCCAGAAGACCUCGCGCGCGCCUCCGCCGCGUGCGUCUCCUUCCGCCGACUCGUCACCGACCAGUCCUUCCUCCGCAGCUUCCGCCGCCUCCACCCCCAGCCACUCCUCGGCUUCCUCGACCACGAAGGGUUCUACCCAGCCCAACCGCCGCACCCCUCCGCGCCCGCCGCCCACGCGCUCGCGCACGCCGCCGACUUCUCCUUCUCCUUCAUGCCCUCCCGCUGCCGAUGGGCCGUCCGGACAUCCGCGACGGCCGUGGAGGUCGCCGUGUGCGACCCCUUGCACCGGCGGUACGUCCUGCUGCCCCCACUACCUCAGGACCUAGCCGCCUCGGUGGAGCAUUUUCGGCGAGGAACCAGAGGCGGCAUUCAGAGUGAUCUGCGUGGCACAUUUCAGCACCAGGGUGGCGGCCUUCGUCUUCUCGUCCGGCACCGGACAGUGGCGAGCCGCUGCAUCCAAGAAUUAUAG